GCUACGGCGCUGCAGGCGGGGGUGGCCGAGGCUCGGCUCGCCUCGGACACAUAACACGCCACUUUCCUUCCCGGAAUGUGAGGCGCGGCGGAGCCGGGGUUGGUUGUCAAGCGCAGGUUCCCACAGUAGCGGCGGCGGCCUGGGGCUCCCCAGUGCGGGGCCGGGCGCUGACUGACUGGCGCGAGCCUCCGCGGUUCCAGCCCCUGAGGGAAGAAGGGGCGGCUCCUUGGGCGGCGGCGGCGGCAGAGGCUUCUUCUUCUCCCCCUUGCCCCGCUCCUCCUCGGGUCUACUUCCCCAAGCUCGAGACGCUCCUCGCCCGCCAUGAAGAAGUUUUCUCGGAUGCCCAAGUCUGACGGCACCGGAGGCAGCACGAGUAGCGGCGGCGGCGGCGGAGGAGGAACGUCGGCGGCCGUGUCGGGCUUUGUGGCCGGAGGCGGGCCGGCCGUGGGCAGCAGCAGGGUCUUCGCCGUGGGGCGCUUCCAGGUCACGGUCGAGGAGCUGCUGGCGGAAGGUGGCUUUUCCACAGUGCUACUUGUGCAUACACAUGGUGGAGUCCGAUGUGCGUUGAAACGAAUGUAUGUUAAUAAUGUGCCUGAUCUCAAUAUCUGCAAAAGAGAAAUAACAAUAAUGAAAGAACUGUCUGGGCACAAGAACAUUGUAGGGUAUUUGGAUUGUGCUGUUAAUUCUGUUAGUGAUAAUGUUUGGGAAGUGCUCAUCUUAAUGGAAUACUGUCGUGCUGGGCAAGUAGUGAAUCAGAUGAACCAGAGAUUGCAGACAGGCUUUACUGAGCCAGAAGUGCUAAGGAUAUUUUGUGAUGCCUGUGAAGCUGUUGCUAGGCUGCAUCAAUGCAAAACACCCAUUGUUCAUAGAGAUUUGAAGGUUGAGAACCUUUUGUUGAAUGACAGUGGAAACUAUGUCCUCUGUGACUUUGGCAGUGCCACUAAUAAAUUCCUUAAUUCUCAGAAAGAUGGAGUUAAUGUAGUUGAAGAAGAAAUUAAAAAGUAUACUACGUUAUCAUACAGAGCUCCUGAAAUGAUUAAUCUUUAUGGAGGGAAACCAAUUACUACCAAGGCAGAUAUCUGGGCUCUUGGUUGCUUGCUAUAUAAGCUUUGUUUCUUCACACUUCCCUUUGGUGAGAGUCAGGUUGCCAUUUGUGAUGGAAGCUUUACCAUCCCAGACAAUUCACGUUACUCCCAUGGUAUACAUUGUCUGAUAAGGUAUAUGCUUGAACCAGAUCAAGAACAGAGACCUGAUAUCUUUCAAGUUUCUUACUUUGCCUUUAAACUUGCCAAAAAGGACUGUCCAAUAUCCAAUAUCAAUAAUUCUCCUCUCCCUUCAACACUUCCUGAGCCCCUGACAGCUAGUGAGGCUGCUGCUAAGAAAAGCCAAAUAAAAGCUCGAAUAACAGAUGCCAUUGGACCAACAGAAACCUCAAUAGCACCACGACAAAGACCAAAGGCCAAUACAAGCACUGCCACUUCUAGUGUACUAACAAUUCAGAGCUCAGCAACACCAGUCAAAGUGCCAGUCCCUAGUGAUUUCAACAAUGGACAAAAAGGAGCCUCAAAAUCUGGAAAUAGCCAAGAGAGUAUGUUGUCCCAGGGAACUAAUCAGGCCCCACAGCAAAAUAGAGUACUGCAACAACUACAGCAAGGUGACUGGAGGCUACAGCAGUUGCAUCAUUUGCAUCAUCAUCACCAGCAGCAGCAGCAACAACAACAAUUGAUUCAGGAUGCAUACAUGCAUCAGUAUCAACAAGCAAUGCAACAGCACAUGAUUCAACAGCAGCUUUUGAUGCGCUCUGCUUACCAGCAGCAACCCUCCCCAUCCUAUCCAGCCAUGGUGCAGCAGUACCAACAAGCUCUCCUACAUCAACAAGCCCUUGUGAAGCAGUUGCAUCCUCCGAAACAUUCUCCUGAAUUUCUUGCCUCUCCUCAGGAGUUCUCACCAGCCUUAAUACCCCAUUCUAAAUCCUUUCCAUCUCAUGUUGGUGCAGCGUUGGACACACCUUAUACUACAAACAGGUCAUCUGCCUCUGAUGCUGAGUCUGUUUCCAGCUAUCCAAAACAGAACGUCAGUAACCCUCCUGACAUGUCUGGCUGGAACCCGUUCGGAGAAGACAAUUUUUCCAAGCUAACAGAGGAGGAGCUGUUGGACAGGGAAUUUGACCUUCUGAGAUCAAAUAGGCUCGUGGAGAGGAGAACUUCCUCAGAUAAGAAUGUGGAGCCACAUUCUGUUCCACAGAACCAUCCUCCAGAAGAUCCCUUUGGUUCUGUACCUUUCAUUUCUCACCAAGGUUCCCCAGGAAAUGAAAUUAAUAACUCAGACAGCAGUCUAGAGAACAAGGUAGGGAGCCCAACCAAAAAUGAGAGGUCAAGCCAGGCUAUUGGGGACCAUGAAAAUGUAAAGAAGGUGAGAGAAGGAAACACGAAAAAAGGAAAUGAUGAAUCAGAGAGUGACUUUGAAUCAGAUCCUCCAUCUCCUAAGAGCAGUGAGGAAGAGGAGCAAGAGGAUGAGGUCUUGCAGGGUGAGCAUGGAGAUUUCAUUGAUGACAAUGAUACUGAACCAGAGAACUUUGGCCAGCAUCCUCUUCUGAUGGAUUCUGAUGAAGAUGCAGAAGAUGAUGAUAAACCAAGUUCUGACUCUGAUUCUUGUCAUGCUAGGCCUGUGGAUGAGAUGCCCGGUAGUAGAUACAGAGAAGGAACUGGCAGUGUUGAAAACAGGGAGCCUAAUGUAACAUUUCCUGUGUUGACCGAAUUGCCAAAUACAGUAACCAAGGUGAGCCCCAAACAAGAAUUUGAUGUCUUUGGAGCAGUUCCAUUCCUUGCUCUUCAUUCUCAAGAGCCCAAGCAAAAUGGUAGCAAAGGUUUCUCUCCCCAGGCUACACUCCCAGGUUUAGACCAAGAUCAGGAUGAUUUUGAUGUCUUCACCAAAGCCCCAUUCAGCAGAAAAAUAUCUCAGCAAGAUGAUUUGAUUUCAGGUUCUGAAAACCAAUCUUCUCCCAUAUCGCCCAAAAGUGUGGAUGCUUUUGGCUGUAUCCCAUUCCCUCAUUCCAUCCCAAAGAACGAUGAGAGUAAAGAGGACCUGUUUGGGCUUAUCCCGUUUGAGGAGAUAGCAGGGAGCCAACAGCAGCAAAAAGUGAAGCAGCAACGCAAUCUGCAGAAACUCUCCUCUCGCCAGAGACGCAUGAAGCAGGAAGUAGCAAAGAACAAUGGAAAGCGCCACCAUGGUACGCCAACUAGCACCAAGAAGACCUUGAAGCCCAGUUACCGCACACCAGAAAGAGCCCGCAGGCACAAAAAAGCUGGCCGUCGGGACUCCCAGAGUAGUAAUGAGUUCUUGACAAUCUCUGAUUCCAAGGAAAAUAUAAGUAUUGCCCUUUCAGAUAGCAAGGACAGAGUCAACCCUCUGCAAGCAGAUGAUGGUCUUCUGGAUCCCUUUGGAGCCAAGCCUUUCCACCCUACGGAACUGGUGCUUCUUCCACAGCAUCAAGGUUUGGCUGAUAAUUGUGGAGACUAUAACGCAGUAGUUCCUGGUAGAUCUAGACAGAGUUCACUACUUGGUACCAUUCAUUCUGGUGAUGGGAUAAAAUUAACAGAUGAUUUUGGGGCAGUUCCUUUCACAGAAUUUGUUGUGCAGAGUGUGACAUCUCAACAAAGCCAGCAGCAGCAGACAGUAGAGUUGGAUCCUUUUGGGGCUGCUCCAUUUCCUUCCAAACAGUAGAUUGAACCAGGAGCAUUGUUGCAUUAUUUAAGAAUUUUAUGCACCACCAUAAACUAUCUGGUUCAACUGAGAAGAAACUUUUUUCUAAGUACAAUUGAUUUAUUUCUCAGUAGAGCGCCUCAUAUUUUAAAAUCUGCUAUGUUAAGCAUACAAUACUGAGAUGGCGAAGAUGUAAAAGAAUUUCACUAAGACCUUCUGAUCUCUUUUCAAAAUCUCCUAUCUGUUGUUGCAGCUACUGCCUAUUACUUUAACAACAAACAGCCAUGGUGUGCUUUUUACCAUGUACUCUUCACCAAAGAGGUCAUUACAAGAAAGGUCUGAUUUGAGGUGUUAUAAUUGGCCUGAGGGGAAUGAGAAAAUGCCUAAAUAUGUAAGAAGCUGGAUUGAUCUGGGACUACUUCACUUGCUUGUUGUGGGUUCCCUUCUAAAACAUCUCUGAACUUUUGAGGUUUCUGACUUGACAUUAGAUUCCUAAACAUCACAAAACCCCCAAACCUUUGUAGCUGUGGUUCCCAGAACUCUGCUUCCCC